AUGCACUCUGGGGACUGCGAGGCGGCCUCGGUACCCGAGCCCCCGGACCAUGGCUGCGUGGCCUCCUGGUGGGACAUGGUCCUGCGGAACCUACGAUCUGUUCCACACCACUGCUCAACACUUGGAAGACAAAUUGCUGCUCUGUACACUGAUUUUACCAGCAAAUCAUUAUCAGAACACAUUUUCCCUCCUCUGAUGGAGAUGCUCAUUUAUUUUAAUUUUUACAAAGCUCCUUUUCUUGUGGAUUUAAAGAAGCCAGAGUCCAAGAUUGCUCACACAGUGAACUUCUACAUCAGGCCUGAGCCUGGAGUGAUGUUGGGAAUCUGGCACACAGUUCCCAGCUGCCGGGGGAAUGAUGCCAAGGGGAAGGAUCGUUGCUGGUAUGAAGAGGCCCUGCGCGAUGGGAACCCAAUCAUUGUUUAUCUUCAUGGCAGCUCAGAACACAGGGCAGCUUCCCACAGAAUUAAGCUGGUAAAGGUGCUGAGUGAUGGCGGCUUUCACGUGCUGUCUGUUGACUACAGAGGGUUUGGGGAUUCCACGGGGAAGCCAACAGAAGAAGGACUGACGGUGGAUGCCGUUUGUGUCUAUGAAUGGACCAGGGCAAGAAGUGGGGACACUCCUAUAUGCCUGUGGGGCCACUCUCUGGGCACGGGAGUCGCCACCAACGCUGCAAAGGUAUUGGAAGAGAAAGGGUGCCCAGUUGAUGCCAUCGUUUUGGAGGCCCCAUUUACCAACAUGUGGGUUGCAAGUAUCAACUAUCCUUUGUUAAAGAUUUACCAGAAAUUUCCAGGAUGUUUGAAGACCCUCAUGGAUGCCAUGAAAAAAGACAAAAUAGUCUUCCCUAAUGAUGAGAAUGUGAAAUGCCUGUCUUCUCCCCUUCUCAUCUUACAUGGAGAAGACGACAGGACAGUGCCCUUGGAGUAUGGAAAGCAGGUAAACUAA